AUUGUCCACCGAGUUCUCUCAAUAUUGGUGAAACGAUAGAAAUGGGAAUUCGUGAGAUUAUGGCUCCUGGACACCUGCUUCCUGGAGACCCGCGCAGCCUGGGGAACAAAAAGUUCGAGCUUCUCUUGGAAAAACCAUGGAAACUAAUCAAUUCGUUCGAUCCUCUUUUCUCAGACUUACGCGAGCUCUGGCAAAUGUAAGAUCGCCGCUUGCCAACGUAGGCGACCAACAGAAGACGUUCCUAGCGAACCGAUGGGCGACGGAGGCCCGCGAGCGGAGGCGACGGACUAUUGUCGCUGCCGCCAACCGAAGCCAUGGGAACUGGUGACGUGGCUUUGGGUGAACGAUUCUCUCCUGAGGUUCCUGGCUCCGUGUAGAUUGCUGCAGAUCAGUUAACGCCUAGCACAUCCAGACUGUAUUAAGUUGGUGGAAUACUUGAGCUGGAUUUUAAAUUCGAUUUGUUCGGUGCUGCAAUUGCGCGGGAACUUGAAGAAUGCGUGGUUGAAUUUGUUCGAGAAACAUUGAAUUAGUGUUUUCUUCGGAAGUUUAGUCUGUGGAUGCUUGGUAGUGAAUUCAGUGGUAAGCGACGGUGCACGCUGCAAAAUCUGGGACAAUCCCUAGAAGGCAAAACUUGCUUUGGAUGGCCUUGAAGUUCCACCUAGAUAGAACCUGUCUCUGGUUUCAAGCUGAUGAGCUAGGUGAAAAUGCAGAAUCAUUGGAAAUAUUGUAAUGGGAAUUCUUUAUCAAAGGGUUUCAAAUGUUGUGGAGGUAUAAUGGCAUCAGAAGCAAUUUCUCCUCUGAAGAUUUUUAUGAGCAAGAAAAACCUGAUGAUAAAUGAAGCACCCAGUGGAAGUUCAUGUAAUGACAGAGGGUUAAUAAAAUUGCAGGCAUCCAUCAAGGAUGAGGUGUUUAUCUUGAGAUGCUCCAAAGCCUCACAGGUCAUGGGUAAAUCAUGCUUCUCAUUAGAUCUGCCUACAUUGAUUCGUCCUGUUGAACACUCUCAUGCCUUUACACAACUAGGAUUUCAUCAAGGGAUCUGAGGAACGAAGCGUGAUGCAUGUCCAUAUCAGUUUUUGCUGGGAUGUUGAUGUGUGUACAGAGGGUUGCAGAUGUGAUCCGUAGAGAUUUCAUGCUUUAACUUGAUUAUCAGAUUGUUUAGAUAAUUUUACAGCAUAAACCUGUACAUUUAUCAGUUUUCUGAGGUUAAUUGUUUUGUCACAUACAUAUUUUGUGAUGUUGUUUGAUAUGAGUUUUUCAAACUUUGAGGUAAUUCUAGGCGUGCUAUCGAUGAUUCUGAGCUUUAUAGUUGUGGACUAUGUCAUG